UCUCUCUUCGCGGCGGCAGCAGCAGUCUUUAGGCAGAGAAUGUCUCUGACUUAAUGAUUGUUUACUGAUCUUAGUCCCUUUCAGGUCUGCGGUUGCGGACAACUUGGUACGACUGUGUUGUACAGCGAAGAUGUGGAGUUACAGAAGCCAUGGCCUUAUACGAUCAAGGGCAAGCCACAGUGACAGACCAGGGAGAAGGGAAAAGAACUGGCCUUUUUUUAAAGCGCUGGAGACAUCACGCGAGGACAGUGUACAAAGCUCGAGCUCUAUCAGUUUUGCGGAUAACUCUCCAGCUCAGUUAGCGUCUUUGUCGAGGUGGACGCUGACGUGGGUGGAAGAUCGGACUCCACGUCUGGGCAGUGUCGUGGCCUCAUUGCCAUCCUUUCGUCCGGGAGGCUGGAAGUCAGUGUAGUGGGAAAGCCAGGCCUUAUUUGGAGCUCGUGAAAGUGAGGUUGGUCGCUUACAAGGAAGAACAGGGACCCAGGCAACUCAAGGAAAUCUCAUUGGAGCUUACUGGAUCGUCAUGGGAUGAAACAGGCGUAUUUACUUCCGGUGAUCCCUGCGACUUUACAUGGUGCUUUGGAGGUUAAGGGAGAGCGGGAGUGCUCGCAGUCGGGAUCCGAUCAAGCUCUCCAAAUCAUCCGGGGAUUCCAGCCUCUGGCACCGUGUCACGAGAUGCAGCGGUAGAUGGUAGUAGCACCUGGAAGGCCGAUGCAACUGGUGGUGAUCGUCCAGUUGCUAAUGUCCAAUGGACAAGACGCGGCUGCAAAGCGUCGAUGCUGCGUUGUGAGGCCUCCUCCCCGGUGUCCCCGGAGGCUGGAGAUGGAACAAGGGAGCUCCUCGCGGUGGGCUUUCCGGGUGCGUGCUACGAUCAAGCCUUUUGCGUCUCAUGCGACCGAGACCAUCGGCUCGGUUGCUUUCGACAGCUCCAACGAGUUGAUGGCAACGGGGGGUAUUGCUAGGAAGAUCAGAGUCUACGACAUCUCGGCGAUCCUGGACUCCGAGGAGAAACAGCAGCAGGAUCAGGCUGCUGAUGAAGACGAUGAAGAUGGUCUCGAAGACGAAGACGAAGAGGGCCGCUUCGUGAGCUCUCGCCGGCGUGCUCGCAACACUUUCGACACGGACAGGAGCUCUCUGUCUGUCAUCUGCGCGCCGUCGAGGCUGAGCAGCUUGCAGUGGCGGCCGGGAAAGACAGGGACGAUCACAUGCGGCGACUACGACGGGGUAGUGACAGAAUGGAGUGUGGAAAGACAAAUCCCGCUUGUGGAAAGAGACGAGCACGGCGGCCGGCACGUCUGGAGCGUCGACUACGCGACAGGCAUGUCGGACGUGUGUGUGUCGGCCUCGGACGACGGCACGGCUCGGGUGUGGCAAGGCGGCAUGGAAAGGUCAGCUCUCACAAUUCGGGCACCCGACUCAAAGCCGUUUUGCUGUGCAGAGUUUGAUCCUCUCUCGAGCACGCUGCUCGCGCUCGCCUGCGCCGACGGCAAAGUUUACGUGCACGACUUGCGAAGGCCCGAGUGCCCGGUGUGGACGCUGGCUCACCACCGCCGGGCCGCGAGCUAUGCACGGUUUCUAGACAGGGAAAGGCUGGUGACCGCGUCCGUGGAUAGCACUAUUUGCGUGUGGGACUUGGCGGCUCCUCCGGCUCCGCGGGUGGUGGAGAGCUUUAGUCAGCACCAAAACGUGAGGAACUUUGUGGGGCUCUCGGUGUGGAGGAAGGGAGAGAUGGUGGCGUGUGGAUCCGAGACGAACCAGGCAUACGUCUAUCAGGUCGGGAGCGGUGGCGGCGGCGGUGGUGGCGGUGAUCAAAGCUUUGUUUUGAGGCACCAGUUCUCCUCCAGUUCUUGGAGUUCUUCCACGGAUUCCUCCUCCGCGCGGAGGAACUCGAGCUUGGCGAGCGCGGUUUGCUGGAUGGAAGAUUGCUCGUGUACUCUCGCGGCUGCGAACUCGGAGGGAGUGCUGCAAAUCUUGUCUGGGGAGUUUGGUGGUGUUUAGAAGAUCCUCUUCAUUCAAAGGCCUUUACCUUUAAAAUUUUCAAACAUUCACAACUCGUUUCUAACUGCAA